CUUUUUCUCUCCAAGACCAGAAACUUACUGAAGAUUUACCUUGCCAGACUGAAAACCGGAGGGGGCUGCACCUCUGGGCCUUUCCACUGUUUACAAGCCCCAGGCUCGUAGCCAAGAUGUAAAAUUUCCCAUCAGGAAAGGAAACGGGGUCACUCUUCAGUCCAAGCUGAGGGCAAUGCACAGAAUUAGCCCAUGCAAGCCGCAGUCUGGAUCUUCAGCGUUCUCUGACUUUCACUCACCUAACAUCUGCAACCCAGGAAGAAGCCCACACACAUGACUGUGAACUGCUGGUUCUGUAACCAGGACACGGUGGUGCCGUACGGGAAUCGCAACUGCUGGGACUGUCCCUACUGUGAACAAUACAAUGGCUUCCAAGAGAACGGCGACUACAACAAGCCCAUUCCUGCCCAGUACAUGGAGCACCUAAACCACGUCGUGUCAGGCGCCACCACCUUUUGCGACCCCACCAAGCCACAGCAGUGGGUGAGCAGCCAGAUCUUGCUGUGCAAGAAAUGCAACAACCACCAGACCAUGAAGAUCAAGCAGCUGGCGUCCUUCGCACCCAGGGAGGAGGGUAAAUAUGACGAGGAGAUCGAGGUAUAUAAGCACCACUUGGAGCAGACCUACAAGCUGUGCCGCCCGUGCCAGGCCGCUGUGGAAUAUUACAUCAAGCACCAGAACCGGCAGCUCCGGGCGCUGCUGCUGAGCCACCACUUCAAACGCCGGGAGACCGACAAGCCCUAUAUGCAGAGCUUUUGCUCCUCCUCUUCCUCCUCCUCCAUGAGCACCCCGACUCAGGUGAUAAUUCUGCGGUUCCUGACCUUCCUCAGCUGUGCGUUCCUUGUCCUGAUGGCCUCGUAUGGGUCAGGUGACCCCUUCUCACUCAAAGGCACGGCCCCUGCUCCUAUGGAAUCUGGCCCCACUGCCAUCAGGAAUGGGACUGGAGCGAGCCCAGCAGCGGCCUCGGAGAAUCGCACUCUCCUGGGAGUUGCAGGCUGGUGGGAGCUGCUCCACCUGCUGCCGGAGCAAAUGGUGAAGAACUUGAGUGUUGCUUGGACCUACGGGAGGAACCAUCAGAUUGCGGUCGUCGUCCUCGGGCUGGUCACCUGCCUGUUAGCCAUGCUCCUGGCCGGACGGAUCAGGCUGCGGAGAAUCGAUGCCUUCGCCUCAGUCCUGUGGCUCCUGGUGAUGGGUUUGCACUUGGCUGAAAAGUACCUGAAGGCGGACACACCCAGCUGGCUGGACACGGCCAAAUUCGGCACCACAUCCCUGUGCUGCCUGGUGGGCUUUACUGCAGCAGUGGCCACGCGAAAGUCAACGGGCCAACGGAGAUACCGGCCCCGAAGGUUUCUUUCCGGGGAUUCGGUUGCUCUGUUCCCCAAUGGCUCUGGGAUUGGUUUCCCUUGUUCCGCUGCCUCGCCGUCUGUUUUUAUCCCAACGCCCCCCAGCAUCCUCCAGUUGACGAACCAGCAGUUCUUCAGAUCCCCACGCAGGGCUUCCUCUUCCUCGCUCCCUGGACGUCUGAACAGGGCCCUCUCGCUGGGCACCAUCCCUUCCCUAGCCAGGACAGAUUCUGGCUACUUGUUCAGUGGAAGCCGCCCGGCGUCCCAGGGAUCUCAGUCCAAGGAGUCGCCUGCAUCAGAGUACUACUCCCUGCUGUCUGGAAGCUGCGCUCCAUCCCCCAUCCCAUCUCCAGCACCUUCGGUGGCUGGGUCCGUCACCUCCAGCUCAGGCUCCUUGCGUUACCGCCGGCCCCUCAUCAGUCCUGCACGCCUGAACCUGAAAGGGCAGAAGCUGCUGCUUUUUCCAUCCCAGAGUGAUGCCCUGCACACGCCGACCAGCUUGGAUGAGCCCACCCACCCCGACAGCAACGUCUUCGCUGCUGAGCUGACCCCGUUCCCGAAAAAGAACCUCAACGAGCGGGGAAUGCAUGAUAUGAGGUCAGUCGUGGAAAGAGGGAGUAUUUGCAGUAAUAAUUCCAUCAAAAAAGAGGAUAAUUCGUCACAUUCAUCCACCUGUGUGGUGGACACGACCACCAAAGGAGAAGACCUAGCAGGCUGGAGAGGUCAUUUUGGUAACUCCGUUAUCCGAGGUCUCCUUGCCAUGAGCCUGACAGCCAAUGCGAUCUUCACAUCAGCCUACCUCUACCAGAGCCUGCGCUGACCUGCACCGCCCCGGCUCUCUCUGGCACCACCUACUUCCCAAGAGACGCUGACACAAGAACAAUUCAACCACAGCUUUGGUGUCUUAUGGCCAUGCCACAGGUGCAUGCUGCUUAUCAACCACUGCCUGCCAGGCUGCAGUGACACAGAACCAGACAGCUGCUGUUGCCACCUCUGAGCAGAACGUAUCGAAGGGCUGUUGUGAUGCUGGAGGUGGCCAGUGGGACACUCUUUGCAAUACCCGGCUCCAGGUCAGCGAAUGUCCCUUGCACCUUCUUUCUAAAGAAUCGGUCUGUGGCAUGAACUGGAGAAGAUGUAAAUGACCUGGUUGGCUUUGUCUCAUCCCAUCUUUCCCACCUAUUAACCAACCUCAGAUGGACAGUGGUGAUGGAAUAAGAAGAAUUUGAACAAAUAAGUUGGAGACAAGAGGCGGGACCUGGGCUUCGAUUAUUGAAAUGGUUUCCUCAGCCUGGUUUCCUUGUUGGCACCUAUUCUCCCUCCCUCUCACUCUCCCUGGUUCGUUCUAUAUGAAUGGUUUUAUGUCCUCCUUAAGGUUUCCGGAACCCAUGGGGGGACCUAAGCUGCUCCGUGAUUCUCUUGCAUA